UGUUUUCAGUGUUAUAUUCGGCAACUUGGGUUAUUCCGUAUCGGUCAAUGUUCAUUCAUGAAUCAUGAUUUGAUAAAAUUGUAGGUUAACUCUGUGUGUGGGUAAACACGAAUCCAGUAAAGGUCCGAUAUUCCUGUAGUUUAUUAUUUAUUUGAUUUUCGAUAAUUUUAAAUGACUUGUUAAUGAUUGUGAAAUUGUUAUGUGGUGAAUAUAAACAUGUUGGAGGGACUGGUAGCCUGGGUAUUGAACAAUUAUCUUGGAAAAUAUGUAGAAAACCUAAAUACUGACCAAUUGAGUAUCGCUCUUCUUCAAGGUGCAGUCGAGUUAGAGAAUCUACCGUUGCGCAAGGAUGCAUUGAGACAUGUUGGGCUGCCAAUUGAGGUGAGAGCUGGCUUCAUCGGUAAAAUCCGACUAAAGGUGCCAGUCAGCCAGAUACGUAGUGCACCUUGGGAGAUCAGCAUAGAUCAGCUUUACUUGGUAGCGGGGCCUGUGCGUUUAUCAGAUUGGGACGAGGAGGGGGAGGAGCACGCUGUGUACGAAUACAAACUAAGUCUGCUGGACGCCAUAGAGGCAAGAUGGAGAUCAGAGACCGACACAGCCCCAGAAUACAGCUACUACGCCUCCAGUUACAGUUCUUGGCUUGGAUACGGCACUAGUCUGGUUACCAACAUUGUCGAGAACUUACAGCUGAAGAUCUCCGAUGUCCACUUCCGGUAUGAAGAUGAGCUGACGGUCCCUGGCUGUGGGAUUGUGCUGGGAUUGCAGGUGGAGUCAUUGACGGCCCACAGUUGUGACGAGAGCUGGACCCCCGGCAGUGUCGGCAAGGACAGCAAUAAUAGCUUCAAGUUGCUGCAGCUUAACAACCUGGCGAUAUACUGGGACAAUGUAUCCACGGAACAGAUGAUGAGUGACCUAUCCAUACCUGAGCUGUCGGCUGCUAUGGGCAAGAAAAGCAGUGAUGUGAACCACAACUACCUGUUGGUACCUGUUAGUGCACAGGCCCAGGUGAAACGCAACCGCUCCGAGCACCCUCUGCGCUCGCGCCAUCAACCACGCAUUGUCUGUGAUCUCAAGUUUGAGGAAGUUCGUCUCUCACUCACUGAUAAACAGUUCGACCAGAUGGUGAGCAGUAUUAAGAUGUUGGAUAGUGUGAUGUUGAGUCAACGCUAUCGUAAACAUCGGCCCAGCACACCGAUAAUGGAAGACCCUCGGGCCUGGUGGAGGUAUGCCUUCACAUGCAUCACAGUCCCCCGGCAAACUUGGGUCACAAUGCACCAGCGUGCAAAGGAGAACAUAGCAUAUGUAGACAUCUACAGCAAGCUGUUGCACACCAGCACAGCGUCAGCACCCCUGGCCCCAGACAACAAGCAGCUCAAGGAUAAGGUUGAGUGGGAACGUGGAUUCGAGGAACUGCGAGCACUCAGAGAGGUAGCAAUGUGUCGAGUGCGGCCACCCGCAUUGCCCAAUGCUGUGGCCGUCCACAAACAGCAAGGCCGCAGUGUACUGGUCAGCUGGUUCCCACAGUGGUGGGGCUGGUAUUCUGCUCCUGCCCCAGCGUCCACUGUGUCCCCUGCUACUGACACGGGCCCCGCCUCUGCCCCCGCUCCUGCUCCUGGCCCGCCCACCCUGGAAGAUGAGAUAUUGGAUGUUCUGGCAGACACGGUAGAGAACAGCACUCUACUCAAGCGAGACACUGUGUUCGGUCAGAUCAACUUCACUGUCAACCAGGGCAUCUUCCACCUCUGUGGAGACAACCAGACACCAGUGAUGGAGCUGCAGUUUGAGCGAGUACGGCUGGGGCUAGAGAGUAGACCUCGCACCGGCUCUCAUUGUGUGCAGGUGGAGCUGGGUGGUCUCAUGCUUCACGACAACCUCACACUGGACUCUGCCUUCCCAGUUCUGAUCUCCCCACAAAGCAGCGAGGCAGCCCCCUCCGGUCGUCCAGCAAGAAACCUCCCUCCUGGCCUGCAGCGCCUUCUCAACCAGAGUUCUGAUACCAAGGAAGAGCCUCUCUUUCAUCUCAGCUAUGAGUACAAACCGUUCAACUCCAGUGCUGAUUUCAGAUUGGAAGUCCGCUCGGAAGCAUUGGAUGUAGUGUAUAAUCCAGGUGCUGUUAAAUGGCUGAUAGACUUCUUCGUCCGACCUUUCCAGACGUCAGACCCAAGUUUCCGAGCUGCGGCCAGGCAGGGCUACAAUGCCAUGAAGCAACGUACCAAACAGGAGAUCUUCAGAAAUUGGGACAAAAUCCUCCAGGGACAUUUGACUGCCAGGAAGACAUGGGACAUUGACUUGGCAAUCUCCGCCCCGCAGAUCUUUCUUGUGGAACAUUUCAAUGAUAAAAAUGCUGUGCUGUGUGUGGUGGACUUGGGCAAGCUGCACUUCACCAAUAGAGAACCUGUCGUGGAUGUACGUCUGUCUGUCGUUUCUGACCCUGACCAAGAGGAUGAAGAGGCAUUCCAGACACCAUGUUCCACACCGCCAGGCAGUGAGGCAAGCGACUCGCUAGAAACCGUUGGCUCUCCUCUCAACCAGACUCUGGAGACCUCUGGCAGCAUCAGUGAGCUGGCUCUGCACCACAAGCUAUACGACAGGUAUUCAAUGGACCUCAAUGAGCUACAGAUCCUUGUAGGAAGAGUAAAGGACAACUGGAAGUUUGCUCAUCUGAAAGGAACAUCUGCACUCCACGUUCUGGAUCGAUUCAGCAUUUCACUCCAGGUGGAAAGAAGAAUUGUUUACACCACUGAUCCGCAGUUUCCAAGCCUUACCCUUGCUGGGAACCUGCCGAAACUGGUGGUACACGUCAAUGAACAGAAGAUACUUGCACUUCGCACUCUGGUUGAUGUCAUCUCAGGGAAAGGUCUCCCAUCUCCUUUCAGGUCUCAAGAAGGAUCUCCAGAUGAGACUAAGAUGGCACCAACAGUUGUGACCGGUGAGAACAAAUCACACUCUACGGGGGACACAAAUGACUGCAGUGGAGCACGUCUUUUGAUGUUGCAGUUUUGCGUGGACCAACUGGCUUUGGAAGUGCAGUCUCGCAGCCGCAGUGUCGCAGAACUGCAGGUGUCUGGUGUCCGAGUGUCAUACACCAAGCGACCUUUCGACACGAGUCUCACCCUCAGUGUUCACGGACUGCUGCUGGUGGACGCUCUCCAGACCUUUGGUCCUGACUUUGAGCUCCUCGUUGCUAGCCACAAACAUGUUGGAAUGGACAGUGUCAGUGGAAGUCUACGAGACAGUGAACCGACAUCUCCCACUUCUCCUGGCUCUCCGGACCCGCUGUAUAGCCGCAACUUGCGAGGAUUCCCCAUCACCUCCCCUUCGGCCAUCACCACAGCGCUGUCUACGCUUUCCACUGACCAGAGCAGAGUCAAGUCACCUUUAGGGUUCUGUCCCUCCUCCCCCCCGACUGGCCCCUGGCCACCCCUGGUACCCCUGGAGGUGCCCAGCACUGAGGCACUCAUCACUAUAGAGCUGGUGUCUGUCAGCGCAGACUGUCCCACUAACACUGACGCCAGGGAACAGCUGCAAAUCGCCAAUAUACAGUUCAACAAUCUGGAUAUCAUUGCCAACCAGGAGACAAUUGUGGAACUGAUUGGGUUUGUUAAAAGAGUAUUUCCAAGCAAACCGGUUCAUCACAAACCUCCUGUACUUCUGACACCAGAAGAUGAAGUGGACAGUUUAUCAUCAGAGCCGGUCAGCCGACGGCCGAGUUUUGUUCCACCUCCAAGCACUCGGACGCAGCUCACCUUUGACUUCCACCGCCUCAACAUUCUGCUGUUGCGGGCCGUUUUGAAGGACAAUGUUCUCGUUGGCCGCAAGAUCGCUACUGUUACUCUCAGUCAUGCCAAGAUUAAUGCCUCAGUUGGGUCAGAGCUGCUGGUGGAGGGCUCAUUGGGUGGACUUCAGGUGCUGGAUCUGACAGCAGAAGGUCACACACAUCAGCGUAUUCUCAGUCUGGGGCAAGACCCUCUGACGGAGAACAUGGACCUGAUGGCGUGUCUCAGUGCUGACCUAUAUACCAUGGCAGGCACACCCUCGUACACACCUUCACGCCGACAGGAGAAAGAGGCCUUUAGUUUCACACUCCAGAGGAAACUACAUUCCGAUUCUGAUAGUGCUGCUAUAUCCAUCAGGUUUGCAUCUGUGUGGUACACUCACUCCCCCCACCUAUUGCUGGAGCUGCAGUCUUGCGCCAAAGAGUUCAAGCAGUACUUGGCUAACUUGGCACGUUCCAUUGGCUCAGCAGCUACGGAGAUGGCUAUUGGACUCGUUCAUGCCAGGGCCGAACAGUUGGCUCAGUCGCUGUCAAUGAGCAGUCGACUGUAUGGGUCUGCGACGGAUAUUGCUUCGACCCCGCGAAAGCGACGCCGCAGCAGUCUGUCUCAGUCCCUGGAGAUGCUGGACUCUGGCCAGGUCACCAAUACUCGGGGUACAGUCACACCGUUCAGUCCCACUGAGGACCCUCUACUGCGCACUCGGAUACAGUGGGAUGUGAUCCUGGACACGCCGGUGGUGGUGUUACCGCGAGCGCCCAACAGCACCCAAGUGUUAGUGGCUCACCUGGGCCGUAUGUCACUCACCAACAAUCAGCCCGAACCCUUGAGCUCAUGGCUAUACGACUCCGAUGUCUGUGACCAUUACGAUAUAGAGAUACGUGACAUGAAUGUGUACACUCUGGAUAUACAGAAACAUCUGGCCGAAGGCCCAAUGAUGCAGAGAGUGGAGAAGUUGUACAGUUGUGCGGACCAGGGUAAGCCAGUGUUGUACGACACAGUGAUACAGUUGACAGUGGAUCACCAGGCUGGCCAGAUGCACAUGAGGCACUCUGAGAACAUUCUGCUCGAGUCAGGGCCAGAGUUCACUGCGGCAGAGCGUCAGAAUAACUUCCAGGUGCGAGCGAGUGUAGUGACACCGCUGAAGGUUUCUCUGUCACGUCAGCAGUACGAGCAGGUGUUAGAGACGGUGAGUUACAUGGUGAGUGAACAGACUACUCAGCAGACUGAGCCUCUCUCUGUGAGCGACAUGGUGGAGCGUCCACUGCAGGACAUCGAGGAGGACUCUGAGCUCACUGGUGUCACCACGCUCAAUCUUGACCCCAAACUACGAGCUAGGAUGUACCUGAACACUCCCACUAACCAGGAGCUGCGGCAGCAGUCCUCAUUCAUACUAAAAGCAUCCAUGGAUCUACCUAUAUUUACAGUUGAACUAAAGGCAGAUUUAGGGUCUGGUGAACAAGGUUUGGUGGACCUGUCCUUUAGAGACCUUCAAGUUCAUUAUGACAAAUCUCAUUCUCUGGAGACAAAUAUUCAGAUGUCUCUUCGCUCUCUGGUGAUGGAAGACCUGCUGCAGGCCCCAGACUCACGACACCGAAGGAUCAUGUCGUCCACACAGGCCAACCCCGCAGCACCUCUAGCCUUCGUAUCGCAGUCCUGCCCCAAUCUGGCAGCGGUACUACAUCCUGGCACGAGUGAUACUCACAUCUCCUUGCCUGACCACUUGGAGACUGAUAACGCGUUUGGGAGGUGGUACAGACCCAAUAUGCCAGCAGAACCGAGUGCCAUACCUAAGAAGCCGAUGACUGCAGCUGUCAACGGCCUGUACCCCUCCACCCCUCCUCCCUCGCCAAGGGGCACCCCUUCACCUGCUGUCUUCUCUGAGGACAAUCUGGUCCACAUCAAUGUGGUGCUUAGGGCUCCCAGACAUCCUUCUCUAAAUAUGUCUAGGUGUGUGAAUAUAGAUUUUAAUAGUCUGGAUGUAGUGGUCAAUGUUGAGUCAUGGGUUGUAGUCCUGGACUUCUUCGGCAUCAGCUCCACACAACCACCUCUGGACAAGCAGAGCCCGGGGGGACAGCCACCUACUUCGGAACUAGUCAGCUUUGGUAGUGACAAGCCUCAGAUGAACACGGAAACGGAGAUCUCAGUGCGCUCACUCAGUGUGGUGCUGAACCGUGCCGAGUGCGAGGUGGCUCGUGCUGUCAUGUCACAACUGAGUGCACGGGUGGUCACGCAGGCAGGCAGUGACGUGACGGACACAGAGGCUAGUGUUGGAUCACUCAGCCUCUUAGACCUGACACCAGUCCACGGUCAACUGUACAGGGAGAGAUUCCUCACUGCAGGCCUCAACCUUAUCAUGAAGAAGUAUAACUCACCUGAUGUGUACCUGAUAAGAGAAUAUGACAUGUACCUGCGACUAGACAUGACAUCCGUACAAUACGUUCAUACCAAACGCUUCAUCGCAGAGCUGCAGGCUUUCUUCCGGCAGUUCUCUCAACUGCAGAGGAUUCUAGACAGCAUACGCUCUGCAAGACAGGUUAGUGAGUUGCAAGGCCCAGGGACCAGAUUAAAGCUAGAAGUGAACACUGCUUCUCCUGUGAUCCUUCUGCCGAUGAGCUCUCAGUCGAACGAAGUGUUGGUGGCCGACCUCGGAAAGCUGAGUGUGAGCAACCGGUUUGUGAUGUCUGGCACUCACGGCUCCAGUGACAGUGGUCAGGACACAGCAAAAGAAGUGCUGUUGGAUGUGAUGCAAGUACAACUGGACAACAUGGACAUCUUGAGUGGGCAGAGAGUGACACAGCCCCAGCCCAGCAGCCUGUGUCUGGGAAGCUAUUGGGUGACACGGCGCGACGGCUCUUUGCUGCGUGACAAGUGUCAGCUGCAGCUCGUAGUCGAGCGGAACCUGAUGACUCACAUCGCCCACCCAGUGCCAGACAUGAGGAUACAAGGUACCCUAUCUGCUCUGGCAGCUACUGUAGACCUGGACCAGUACAAACUCAUAAAAGGUCUAUUGAGUUUCAACAUCGGAGAGUGUAUUGAUGAUUUGCUACCUGUGGAGACUGACACUGUGCAAGAAGAGGAAGAGGUCUGCAACGUUUGGUUGUGGAACUCCAUCCAUCUGGAGCUGGUGGACGUGAGCGUGUGUCUCAAACGCAAUCCGCAACUCACACUGGCUUGCGUGAACUUUGUGAAGUCGCACCUCAAUGUCGACAGUUUCAGCGAUCAUACACAGGACGUAGAUUUGGUCUCUCAGGAGAUACUCAUCACCGAUACUCGCUUCUUGAAUGAACCAGCCAACAAGAGGUCCAACAUAUUUACCAACAUCCUACAGCCUAUUCUGAUGAGUUCAGAGGCAGGCACGGUCCAAGCUCAAGUACAUCAUAGGAGACUGUUGGACAUGUCCAAGUUCACAAUUCUCUUGAACAACAUGAGGCUCAUGGCUAUUCUUGAUUGGUGGGAAACUGUUCGGGACUUCAUCCUUGAAAAUCCAGAAAAUCCUUGUCCAGUGAACAAUGUCUUGGGAGUGAACAGAGAAGAGAAGAAGCCUUCAGGUGCAGAAGAACCAGUGGCCUUUGAAAUGAAGUUAAAUAUCACCAAUUCGGAAAUUGUGUUUGUUGAGGAUACCUCACAGUGGGAUUCAAACUCAGUAAUUUUAAAGAGCACAACAGUUAUCACUUACCGGCCUCUGGUGGUGGAGAAGCCUCUCUCUUGUAAUUUGAACCAUUGUGAGAUGUUCUCCUGUAUCCUGGGCAUGGAGGAUGAGACGGCUCUCUCCAUUAUUGAUCCUGUCACUGUCAACAUUGAGAUAGUUCUCGAUAAGGAUGUUAAAACACUCAAGGUACACAUGGUACACUUGAGUUUACGGCUUUCGUAUCAUGACGUGAGGAUGUUCUCGCAGAUGUUGGAGUCCUUGCCCAAACAGACCCGGUGGGCCCGCAGUCACAGCUUACAAGCUGUGGUAGACACCAGACCUGCUAACUUUAAAAGCCAGCUGACCAAACUUAGUGCGCUCGGCUUCACCAAGAGCGAUUGUGCAACUGCACUUGAAAAGUGUAAUGGGCAACUGGACGAUGCUGCUCUCUGGCUUACUCAGCAUGCUUUUCCAGUCCAGGACACAAGUGGUGACAGAAACAGUGCUUCUGUCAACAGAUCAUUCACAGUUAUUGAGGUUGAGACAGACUGCCUGUCGAUGUGCAUCAUUGAUGACUGUAGAGACGCUGAUGUACCAUUGUUGGAGCUGACUCUAGGCUCUCUGUUGUUGCGACAAGAUCUGGCCCAGCAGCUGGGAUCAGCCUCUUGUUCUCUCAACAGUGACUACUACAACCGCUUUCUCUCCGGCUGGGAGCCUUUCUUGGAGCCCUGGAUGUGUAGUGUACACUGGGAUAAGACCCAAGAGUUGCUGAAGGUCCAUCUCACCAGUGAGGAGACUCUGAACGUGAACAUCACUAGCACUCUUGUAGAACUGUUCAACAGUGUCAAGGAGUCGUGGACUCAGGAUUACUAUAAUCCCAGGGAAAGCACCAGGUGUGACGUGGCUACUAACAUAAAGACACUCGGCAGUCCACCGGGAUAUCGUAGGAGAUCACCGUUUGUUCCCUUUGCUCUGCGCAACGACACCGGUUCACGGCUUUGGUACACAACUAUCACCACCUCCAAUAAUCGAUUCCUUGAUGGAAUGGAAGGCCAGAGUAUGCAGACAGACAGAUUCCAGUGGGUGUCCGUCGAUCCUGGUGAAACUGUCCCGUUCUCUUUUGAGGAGAGAGGUAAGAUGCGACAUCGGUAUACACACAAGGUGAUCAUACAUCAGCUGGGAGUCAGGGUGGAAGGAUGGGAGCCAAUAGACCCAGUCACAGUAGACAGGGUGGGAGUUUACUUCCGGCUCGCAUCCCCUGACUACACUUCCGCACAUAGUGAGCUGCCCCAAGCCAGAGUUGUACUGGAGGUAACGCUGGAAGGCUCGGCUCGUAAGCUGGUGACAGUCAGAUCAGCUCUGCAGCUGUGCAACCAACUGGUAGAUACAGUGGAAGUAAAGUUGGACAACACACAUAUCCACUCUGGCUCUCCCAUGCACCUGACAGCCAACCCGGGAGCCACACUGUCUGUGCCGCUAGCCUACGCACUUGCGCAGGUGUGGGUGCGACCUCUGGACAGAUCUCAGGUGCCCACCCACUACCAUGCAUUCUGCAACCGGCCUAUCACCUGGCAGCAUGUCACUCGACCACAGCGCGUCGUGGAGGAACUGCGUCAAUGUCACAGCAAUCGUGGCCUCAACUACAAGUUCUCAGUGGUGAUUCGCAGAGAGAACUAUCCUGUGGACCGGCCGCCACCCCUGGCUCCUCCCCUGUCCAGUGUGUGGUUGCAGCCUGCUCAUACCAUCACCUUGCUCAACUCUCUCACCUUAGUAAACCUGCUGCCUUACGAGCUCAACUACUCUGUCAAAAACAUGGUCUCUGGCCGUGUCCGGGCUGGGCAGGAGGCUGCGAUACACCAGGUGGAUCAGGACCACCAGAUAGAGCUGAACAUCGGUCUGGAGAACUACCCUGGGGUGGGGACCUUGACCAUUCCACCCCUCCCAACCCCUUUCACCCACAAACUGAGACUUCAUGAUCAGGCCAGGCGGAGACUGCAGGUGGUUGCGAGUGUGGUAGCUCAGCAAGGCACAGGUCUCAAGGUAUCGGUGUCAGCACCGUUCUGGUUGGUCAACAAGACGGGGCUGCCGCUGGUGUUCAGGCAAGAGGGGGUAGCAACUGAAACUGCCGGACAGUACGAGGAACAUGAAGUGGCGCGAAUGGUGGCACCACUGCUGUUUUCAUUCGUAGAACAGGAUGCCAGCCCCAUGGUGGUAGCCAGGGUGGGCAGCAAAGUGCAUCCUGAGGGAACUCCCCAGUGGUGCCAACACUUCAGACUACAGCCAGGUGUGCAGGUGCGAAGACUGCGGGUGACUCAGUGGGACAACAGACCUGAUCUUGUGUACAUGAUCGGGAUAGACAUACGUCCCGGUCGUGGCCGCUACAGGUGUACCAACAUUGUCACUCUCACUCCUCACUACCAGAUACACAACAAGUCUACCCGCAGAAUACAGUUUGCUCAACUGUGUUUUGCUUCCACUGUAAGUGAUCCAGGAGCCCAAGCCACGUAUCUGUCCGCAGUUCCAGACUGUUCCCUAGCAUUCCAUUGGCCCAGGCUGGACAAGGACCAACUAUUGUGUCUGCGACUUUGUGAUGUUCAACAGUGUCGCUGGUCCGGAGGAUUUAAAAUUGACAGCAAUGAUUCCCUCCAUAUCAAUGUUCGGAAUGCCAGCGGACAAAUGUAUUUCCUAAGGGUGGAGAUCAUGCUGCAGAGAGCCACUUUCUUCAUUGUCUUUACUGAUGCUGACUCCAUGCCAGCUCCCAUACGAGUAGACAACUUCUCACAAGUCCCUGUCACAUUCCACCAGACAGGGGUCCAGUGCGUGACGUCUGUACGAGCUCACUCCUCCGUGCCCUAUGCACUGGACGAGCCCACCAAACCUCAGAGACUAACAGUGGUGGCUCCAGGAGGUGUCAGUUCCAGCUAUGACAUCAAUAAACUAGGAGAGGGUAACGGUCUCACCUACGAGAACUUCAUCUACAUUGCUUUCACUGGCACAUUCAAGAGUGUGGGUGACUCAGUGGAUCCAUUGGACGUGGAGUGCCAACAGCUGGUUCUGGAGGUGCCUGAUGGCUGUACCCAGGUGGUGCUGGCCCGCAAACAGUUCGGGGCUCGCAGUCAGCUGUGGAGAAUGACAGGAGAGGGCCAGCUUCAGCACGAGGGUUCCAGCCCUCCCCGUGCUUCACCUGACAAGAUAUUGGUGCUUGAUAUAUCAGGACCCGCCCCACAGCCAUCUCACUGUGUUAACUUGCUGCUGCGCCGGCCGGACAAGCGGCGCAAGUCAACGCAGACUUGGCGCUUUACAGAUGAUGGCCGACUAUGCUGUGUCCACAACAACAUGUGCGUUCAGGCCAAAGAUGGCUUCUUCGGUCUCCGACAAGGGAGUGAAGUGGUGCUGGGUCCCAGCUGUCUGACGCAAGAGCGCAGUGUACCGCUGGAGCAGCUAGUCAACCGUCAGAGACUGCGGCCUGGCUCAGGCUUUCUCACAGUCAAGGUGCUCACCGAUGGCCCCACCCGCGUCCUGCAAGUCACUGAUGUCAAUGACUCUCGGAUAGUGGCAGUGGUGGAGGAAAGUGAUUGGAUGAAUGUUGCAACCAACUUGAGACCUCCUCCAGUUCUCACAGACGACUCAACCAUACUGGCUCCUAGGGACAAUAAGGAAGUGCAGUUAACAGUGGAGUUGCCUUGUAUCGGGGUGAGCCUGGUGUCCCGCAGUCCCCCAGAGGAGCUGGUGUACGCUAGACUCUCCCGGAUGCACCUGAAUGUGAUGUGGACAGCGGAGAUGGAAAUGUUGAGUCUCCACGUGGAGGAUCUGCAGAUCGACAAUCAAUUAUUUGAGGCUCAGUGUCCUGUCGUGUUGUACGUGACGCCGCCCACCUCUCGCUCCACAGAUCCUGAGGAGGUAGCGAGGCCUGCCAUACAGAUCUCUGCCGAGCGUGUGCCUCACCGGAACACUUCCAAUGUGGAGAUUGUCAAGCACUUGAUUGUACGAACGAAAAACAUAUCACUGAAUGUGGAGGAGCGUCUGUUAUUGAAACUGUUUGCUUUCGUCGGAUUCAAAGCGCAUGAAGAGCCAGAAACAGCUGAUGAGAGUGACUUUGAAACUCAACGUAUCCUGGCAGAGGCUACAUCAGCACAUGCCAAACGCUACUACUUCGGCUCCCUCAAGCUGAUAUUCUGCCAGCUGCGUCUAAGUGUGGCAACCAGUAGCAAGUUGAGUGAUCAGCUGGUGGCCAUCAAGCGCAAGUUGGGCCUCACGCUCAUCAAGUUCCAGGACGCAGCUGUCGAACUUGAGCCCUUUGUCAAGCGACACAUCUUCGAAAAUAGCCAGUUACUGAUGAAUUCUAUUGUCAAACAUUACAAAGAGGAAUUAAAGUGGCAAGCUGCUGUAAUCCUGGGGUCAACAGAUUUUCUUGGCAACCCACUGGGAUUCGUCAACGAUCUCUCUGAGGGAGUAUCCCGUUUCUUCUCAGAAGGUGGAAAUGUGAAAGCUCUAGUGGGGAAUGUUACUCAUGGACUCUCUAAUUCUGCUGCUAAAGUUUCCGAGACACUGUCAGAUGGUCUGGGCAUGGUGAUCUUGGAUGAUGAUCAUGAAGAGGCAAGACGGCGAAUCCGGCGGGCCCAUUCCGGAACUUCAGGAGACCAUCUUGUGGCAGGAGUCAAAGGGCUUGGCUAUGGCCUCUUCGGCGGCCUUACCAGUGUCUUCAAGCAGACCUAUGAGGGAGCAGCCAAUGAAGGCAUUCCGGGAUUUAUCUCAGGGCUCGGUAAGGGGAUUGUUGGUACUGUAACAAAGCCUGUGGUGGGAGUGUUGGAUUUGACCUUUGAGACGGCCAGCGCAGUGCGUGUCUCCAGUCGCAGUUCUAACCGCAAGAGUCCCGAGCGCACCAGGCCCCCUCGGUGUGUCUCUAGUGUCACUGGUCUGAUGCCUGUAUACAACCAGAAGCAGAGUCGUGGACAAGAGCUGCUCUACACCAUCAGCAACUGUGACUACUCAGAGUUGUUCAUGGCCUAUGAAGUGUUGCGCAGCGGUUCGGAGGACCUUCGUAUCGUCAUCUCCAGCGAGAUGGUACGAGUAAUCAGUGGCAAUACCAACAACAUGUUUCUACAGGUCCAUAUGAGAGAGCUGGUUAGCUGUCAGCCUUUGAGCUUGUAUGAGGGUGGGACGACACUACACUAUAUAGAGCUGGCCAUCCGGGUGGAUGGUGGGGCACUGGGGCAAGAGCCCACCAAGCGACCUCGAGUCCGCUGUGACACCGGAGCUGUGGCAUCAUGGGUGUCAGAGAAAGUGAACCAUGUUCGCACAAUCUACAUUGAACGCCAGCACACUCUUAUGGCCAACUCUGAACUAAACUUGCUGGAAGACUGAACUGACUGUUCUCGUUACAAGACUGCAACUCUACCUUGUGAUAUAGCAUAGGCUAGUUCAUAAUCCAACCACUGUUGACCAUUUAUUUUCUCGACUAUUGAAUAUAUUUUUCGUAACAUAAUCUCCGCAGUAUUUUAAUAAUAAGAAUGGGAGCAAUAAUGCGGGUUUUAUAUUUUUACGUUCUAGGUGAUAACUUAUUGAUUGUAUAGGUGCUGCUUGUUCAUAAUACUUUGCAUAUAUUUAUUUAGUAUUUGUGUGCAACGAGAUGAUUCUAGUCUAUAUCGUUUUUGCUUUCUCAGUGAUCACAUUCUCUGUAUACUUCUAACUUUUUGCUUUCACAUAAGUUUAUUCCCUCCCGAACAAAACGGAUCAUGUUUGCUUGUUUAGUUUAUUCUGUUUUCUGCUGUUCACCCAUUGUUUUGAUUGCUAGCAGUUGCCAUAUCAGAAUUGUUUUCUCCUUUUAGUUUGGAAAUUCUGAAAGAAAAUUUCCUGUGAAAUCAAAAGGCUAACGGCAAGAUUAAUUUCAUUAUUUAGCCAUUCGCAGUGGCCAUAUCAACUUUAAGAGCAAUGCAAUUUGGAACAAAAUAAACCGAGUGGCCAAGAAUUGACUGUAGCCAUUUAAAAUGGCCAUAAACUACAUUUUAUUUUUUACUUGAAAAAUUCCAAACAACCAUAAGUGAGCACAAAAAGUUAAGUUCAACACAUGUUUUAGAGAAAAACUUUUAAGGCAGUUUAAAAUAGCUGACCUGUAUUAAUUAUGUUUGGUACCACUAACAAAAAAUAUUCAUUUAAAAAAUUGUAAAUGAAUUGUUUAUUGUGAGUUGACAGUUGCUUGUUUUACUAUUAUAAGAUAAAAUGUUCAGUAUUAUAUAAAAUUAUAUGAUUGUGUCAGAAUUAACCAAGUUACAUGGUAUGUCAAGUCUUGGCCAAUAUUAUAAUCAAAAUACUUAAAAACUCAAAAAUCAUAAUGUAUUUUAUGCUCUUUGUGCAACAAAAACUAACAUUCAGUGAACUGAUUCUUCAAUAAGUUAUAUAGUUUUUAACUAAGAUAUUUAUUACUUAAAAUGUUUCAACUUAUUUUGUACUAUGUUUUUAUUGUUGUAAGCUGUUAAAUAAUUCUAAAAUUUUGAUAUAUACAUCUUGUUUUUGUGUGUGUACAACUGAAAUAUGUUAUUGUAAAAUUAAAUAAGUGAUUUUAAUAACUGAUCAGUGGUUGCGGUGUGAAUUUGUGUUCCCAUUGUGCAGUAGUUUAGACUUAUUAUCUGUGCAAAUUAGUUUUUAUCAGGUAUUCGUUUUUAAUUUUAAGAUUUUUAACAUAACCAAUCAAAAUUAGUUUUACCAAUCAAAACAUCAUUAAAAUGUCUAAUUUCAAGGAAUUUGAUGAUAUAAAAUUUAAAAAUAGACAUUAUUUAUUUAGACUUGUUAAGAAAUAUGUUAGUUUGCGUUAUGAUAUGGAUAUUUUUUUGACGAUUUUCACACAUCGCAGAUUAUUCCAGUUAUUUAUAAAAAUGUAAUAUGGUGUACAAAUGUCAUGUGAAUCUUGGAUUUGACUAUAAAUAUAAUUUAACUGUUCAAAUUAUAUUAUUGUUGUGCCUGAAUAUAAUAGUUUUGCUAGAAAAGCUUUGUGAUUAAAAAGCUUGUAAGUAUUGGUUUUUAUGUCAAUUUUAAUUGUACAAAUAUUAGAUUAUCAUAUAGUUUCUAAUUUAACAGUUACCGCUGUAAAAUGUGUUGUUGCCUAACCAAGAUAUUGUGUGAGUGGUAAAGAGACAUUAGCAUUAUUCAUUACAUUGUAUGCUAGGUUAGAAAGUUGGCAGAAAAAUCUAGUGAAUACUAUUUACACUGUUUUCUAAAUGUAACCAUAAUAAGAGUUACAUAUUAGUGUUUUGUUCUAAUAUUAUAUGCAUUGAUGACACCAUUGUUAUAUAAAUUUAAACGAUAAAUUCCUCUCAAAAAAUUUGCUUUAGCAUUCAAAAUUAAUAAUUGAGGAUCUGAAAGUUUUUGCAAACGCACCAUGAUGUGUUAUGUGUUGUACAGAUUUAGCUGAAUCUAAAAAUUUUCAAAUGCCUAAGAGCCUAGCUUAGCUUUUGAAUUUUUGUUUGUUGUUUUUGAGUCAAUAAAAAAUUAUUCAUUUGAA